AUGCGCAACGAACCCCCACUCGGGAACAAAAUAUUCAAUAGUUGGCACAACCCCACUCUCCACUGCCGUAACGCUCAUAGUAAUGUGUCUCUCUCCUCCUUCUCUCCUCCUCUCCCUCCUCCUCUCCCUCCUCCUCUCCUUCGGCUUUUCCUCGGCAACUGUCACGUAUGCAGGCUUUGGCCAAGACCUUCUCGCGUGAUCCCGCGCCCCCCUCGUGUCUUCCUUUAUCUCCCCUACGGCCCGCCCCGCUAUCCGCUCCGCCGUGCCACGCGAUCCCUCCUCGUCAACCGCCCCUCCCCGUUUGUCAUCCUGACGAGGCGCCUGUCUGUGCGGAUAACGAGGCGAAGCCCCAGGCACAACUGGCGCCUGUACGUACAGUCUGAACUAACGUUCACACGCUACCAUGCGGCGCUCUUAUCCACCAAGAUACACUCGUCUCAGUCUUGCACUCACGUAGCUCGCAUUCCACUCGCUCUCCAGAUCCAAAAUCCCACCAAUCGCACCGUUCAAAACCGUUGA